ACCGAUCCCUUACUCUUCAACCAUUUAUUUUGCUUAUUUUCCCGUUUUAUUAAGCUCUCUUCUGUUUCUCACAGGUCAUAAGAGUCCUCUCAGCACUCGCAUCUUUCUUUUUUCUGUGCAGUCUGAAGUAACAUUCACUUGAGGCUCAUUAAGCUGCCACACAAACAACAUUUUCUCUUCACUUUCCCAUCUGAUAUACUUCCGUUUCGGAGUUUCCAGAGUAGAGACUCGAAGGAUUAGGCUUUGUCUUCAAUGGCGGAUAUCGCAAAGUACAUGCCUAUCAAUGGAGGAACAGCUGUCACUACAGACUUUAAGAAUCUGUCUUCAAUCAUCAAAACAAGAAGAGCAGUGACUUUCUUCAUGUUUGCCUUUGUUGGUUUCACUGUUUUUUUAGCAUUUAGCCCUUCUUCAAACUCUUCCCCGUGGGUUACCAACAUAUUUUCAGCAAGUUCCACCACUGCUGACCCUUAUAGAUCUCAAUUCUCUUCCCUCUUCGAUUACUUCUUUUCCAACACUUCUUCUCCAAUACAAAAACAAGAAGGCCUUAACUUUACUUCCUCUGCUUCUUCUUCUUCUAAUAAUACCAGAUCUAAUAACCCUGCACCUCAAUUAUCCAACCCAAAGGAAGGGCUACUUUCUGAAAAAAGCACCAACAAAACCCAAUCUUUCAACAGAAAUAAACGACUUCCCAGUUCAAGAAACUCAACUUUCCAGUCUUCCAACACAAGUAUAAUCAACACCCAAAGUUCGGCUUUGCAUGCAAAUCAGACCACAGUUUCUCCCAGUGUGAAUAAAAAUCCGCCUAUUACAAGCAACCAGGGUGAAAAGAAAGAGAAUUCUGAUAAAGCUCAAGUUUUGAUGGCCAAUCAGACUACAAUUGUCCCUGAAAAAUCUCCCGUGGUAGCUAAUCAGAGCACAAAUUCUCCAGCUAAAUCUGAUUCUUCCAACAAGGUAAGUUCCGGGAGCGGAGAGAAAAGUGUACCGCAAAAAAGAGUGGUAUCAAACCACACAGCUUCCCUGGCGAAGAACCAGGGGAACGGGAAAAACCAGGGCAAUAGAAGUGGUUCAGGGCUGUCAGCUAAUCAGGGGAUCGAGAAUUUGGUUGAGUCUUUGAUGAAUUGCGAUUUGUAUGAUGGAGGAUGGGUGAAGGAUAAUUCCUAUCCGCUUUAUAAACCGGGGUCUUGUUUGUUUAUUGAUGAGCAGUUUAGUUGUAUUACCAAUGGAAGGCCUGAUAAAGAUUAUCAGAAAUUGAAAUGGAAGCCUAAAGGCUGCACUUUGCCAAGAUUGAAUGGUGGUCACACGUUAAAGUUAUUGAGGGGGAAGCGGCUUGUUUUUGUUGGCGACUCCUUAAAUAGGAAUAUGUGGGAAUCUCUAGUUUGCAUCCUGAGAGGUGCUGCAAAAAAUCCAGAAAAUGUUUUUGAAGCCCAUGGAAGACACUAUUUUCGAGGGGAAGCUUCCUACUCUUUCAUAUUCAAAGAUUAUAACUGCACUAUAGAGUUCUUCGUAUCUCCAUUCUUGGUCCGAGAAUGGGAAAUGCCAGACAAAAAUGGAACAAAGGAGACACUUAGGCUUGAUCUUGUUGGAAGAUCUUCUGAUCAAUAUAAAUCUGCAGAUAUCCUCAUCUUCAACACAGGGCAUUGGUGGACUCAUGAGAAAACUUCCAAAGGGAAAGAUUAUUACCAAGAAGGUAGUCAUGUUUACUAUGAAUUGAAUGUUCUCGAGGCCUUUCGGAAAGCUUUGACAACAUGGGCUAGAUGGAUUGAUGCCAAUGUAAAUCCUAUGAAGACUAUGGUGUUCUUCAGGGGUUAUUCUGCUUCCCAUUUCAGUGGCGGGCAGUGGAAUUCAGGAGGAGCAUGUGAUAGUGAAACUGAGCCAAUCAGGAAUGAGGCAUUUCUAACGCCAUAUCCACCAAAGAUGUUGAUCUUAGAAUCGGUGCUGAAGAGGAUGAAAACGCAUGUCACUUACCUAAAUAUUACCAGAUUUACUGAUUUCCGAAAGGAUGGUCACCCGUCAAUCUACCGGAUGCAACAUAUGUCGGAGGAGGAAAAAAUCGCACCUCUAAAAUACCAGGACUGCAGCCAUUGGUGCCUUCCUGGUGUUCCAGAUUCGUGGAAUGAGCUUCUGUAUGCUGAGCUCCUUGUAAAAGAAAACAAGAUGCGGCAACAUCAAAGGAGAGCUAGGUAAAAUAAAUCAUACAAACUUAGAUUUGUUUGAGUCGAAUCAUACAUAGGCUGUACAAAUUUUUCUUUCAUUUUGAAACUGUAGAAACAAAAAUAAUAAUAAAAAAACGAUAAGAUCAAAUGGAGUGUUUUCUAUUUUUUGUCCCUACUUAUAAAUUAUGGGAGUUAGAUGAUAGUAAAAUCGAGCCGACAAUUCUUGGAGAAAUCAAUCUCUGCUGUAAUAAUUUUUCUCUGUUUAUAUAAUAGACAACAGCGAGAAUUGUUUUGGUUGGUGAGUUUUGGAUACGGAAACUGUGUGCUUCCCUUACCAACCAAUGAUUUUUCUAGCCUCAAAUCUACUUUGAGGGUUGUUAAUAUUCCUUAUAAUUUAGUAGUUUCUUUAAUUUAAAAAUAAAAAAAUAUAUACAGUGGUUGGUUCUCUUUCAAUAUAUAACCUUACAUGUUUUUCUCUCAUCUAUUCCCUCUUUUUAGUAAUCUGUUUCUAAAAUCUGAUCAUAGUAAAUCAAUUUAACUAGACACAAUAGUUCAAGAUUUAGUCUUACUAUUAUUGUCUCUCUCCAAAAUCUUUUCAAACACGGGAUUGAUUGGUCAUUGUUUCAAGAUAAGAGAAAGGGUCAAUUGUUGAGAUUUGAUUAA